UUAUGAGUAUUACAUGUAGUGUUGGGAAUGCAUUGAAUGUAUUGAAUGAAUGCUUGAAUGCAGUGAUAAAUACAGUAAAUAUUUGAUAGUUUGUCGACCUUUUCAUAGCUUUUAAAGACAUUGCAAACCAAUACUGACAUCACUUUUGCCAAUAACUGUCAUCAAUGGUCACUACAAGACCUCAACAUUCAUGAACUCACUAAUACUUUACAGCAAACGAUAUCAUUAUUUUUGUGGAUCAAAAUCUUGGUGUUUUGUGUUGUCUUCACUGGUCAUCAAUGGCUUAAUUGUCCCAAAGAUUUAUUAAAUAUUGUGAUAUUAUUGAUGAGAUCACUAUAAUCGUCAGCAAAGAAGUAUUUGUGAAGAUUAUGGCAACAAAUGGUUCUUCAGCUGAGUCUGUUGAGCGCACAAAUGGUCACCGAAUAGAUAGUUCAGUGCAAGAGAUAGUCAACCAGUUUUUAUGUUCACAAUUAGAUCUUAAAGGACAUCACUGGACACCAGAACCGCUUGAAAACGGUUUGACCAAUGAUUCACAUCAACAGACAUUAAGUGCGAGUCAAAGGAUUAAAAUAGUGGAAGCAUUGAAGAUAUUGGGCCAUAAAUAUGUCAACCUUUAUGAGCAACAGUUGUCUACUAUGUGUCGGCGACUUGAAUUGAGUCCAUUAUCGGCAAUGACAACAUUCAAUAGUGUGUCCAAUGAGUUGUUCAUUGAAGGGAUCAAAUGGAAUCAUAUAAUCACUUUCCUGGUCUUUAGUGCAGAAUUUGCUUACAAUUGUGUUGAGAAUGGCUUUCCAUAUCUUGUAACAGAAGUGUCACAAUGGAUGUCAACUUAUAUAAACCAAUUCCUCAGCCAAUGGAUUGCACAACACGGCGGUUGGGAAUAUGUCAUAGAAUUAGCUGACGACCGACCAGAAGGCGGUGGCAAACGAAAGCUUGUCUACGGAGCUGCCGGUGCUCUCGGAGUCCUAACUCUGGGACUAUUUCUCAGAAAUUGCACUUUUUUCAAAUAAAUCAUUAUUUAUAUAUAAAAAGUCU